AUGGCGAAGGAGCCGCUCGAUUCCGAUCGAGUCAACUAUCUGAUUUGGAGGUAUCUGAUUGAAUCUGAUUAUCGAGAGACCGCCGUACGUCUCCAAAAGGAGUGGAACAAAGAAGAUCCGCAGCAGCUGCCAUUCGCAAACCAUGUAGAGAAUCACAGCCUAGUGGCGAUGCUUAACAGCGGCCUCCUGUACAGCGCGCAACACCGCGAAGCAACAAAGAAUCAUGAUGAUGGCGCGCAGGUUGAAUCUGGGUUCUUCGGCCCUCUGGUGCCAUCAUCGCAUCCGGCACCUGACCAGGAUAUUGAAAAUGCCAGAAAACGCCCCAUCGACCUCGAACAUCCUCAGAAUCAAUCAGGCCCACCAGGAAAGAAAGCUCGACUCAGCAAUGGCUAUGAAAAUGGCUUCGAUGCAACCCCGAUGGACAUUGACGAGGAGCAGAAUGCCGACGAGAAUGCCUAUCCGUCUCCCGAACAGCUGCCCUCUCCAGCUGUAGCCACCAAUGGACCUGAGCAAGGCACUCAGAUGGAGAAGACUGAUGAUCUCUCUCAGAGAACGAACUUCUUAGAGCUCUCAGAAGAUCCAUCAACGAACAAUACAGUUGUUCUCCAUUGCGAGUUUAAUCCUCGAAAUCCCAUGAUCUUGGCGGCUGCGGGUACUGAUGCACUAGCACGGUUGUGGACGCUCUCGAGUCCUAAACCCGACACAUGUUCCGACAGCCCCGAAAAGCCUGUCUCUGCGGAUUUUACCCCACUGCUGGAUAGCAACACGCCUUCGUCCAUCACCAUAACCUCACUGUCAUGGUCGUCCGAUGGUUCAACUAUUGCCCUCGCAAGUGAACCGACCGAUGAAGGAACCGCCAAGAUUGAAUUCUAUGCUAUCGACGGCUUACUAAUUCAUUCGUUCAGCGCCUUUGAUUCGCCAGUAGUAUGCCUGCGUUGGAACCCCUCAAACACUGCUUGCCUCGCAAUAUCGCCCCAAGAUGAACUCAGAGGAUGUCUUUUCACCGUGAUGUGUCUGGCCUCUGGAGAACGAGUGACAUUCUCUCUACCCAACCAUGUCCUUCACGACCAGUAUCUAGAUGCUGCUUGGAUCACCGACGAUGAAUUUGCCGUUUGUGGCGGCACCAUCCUCCGUACCUUUUCUUAUUUCCAGGGCGAAAAAAAGAUCUCCCCACUAAGAGCAUUUGAUACACGUCCCGAGGACACCUUUUCUAAGGUCAUAUAUGACUCGCAUUCUCACCGACUAGCCACCGCCAGCGAGUCUGGAACGGUCGACGUUUUUACUGCGGAAGGUCAGCGUCAAACGUUCAAUGCACAUCAAAGCUUGAUCACUUGUCUCAGCUGGCAACCACUGAAGGCUCCCCGUCAGCUCGACGGUUCUGAGCGUUUGCUGGUAUCAGCUGGUGACGAUGGAGCUAUCAGCAUUUGGAACGUGCUCUCGCCAGAUGCGAAACCAAAGGCAUCCAUCACGAUGAAUUCAGCUGUUGUGGCGCUCUCUUUCAGCCCUGAUGGAGCUUUUAUUGCUGGUGGCACGAAUCAACAAGUCAUGAUAUGGGACGUAACCGAGACUAACCUUCCUCGUGCAAUCUGGACUAGAGUUCGUGAAGCAGGAUGGGAAACUCCACAGUCUCAUGACUCUGGUACAGAAGAAGACCAAUUCUCACUUAGCUGGGAUGCGAAUGGAGAGAGACUUGCUUACGGUGUCAAUAGCAGACUUGCCGUGAUCGAUUUUCGGCCGUGA